AUGGCAAAACGGAAAAUAAAUGAUUUUUUCUUUACAAAAACUCCAAAAAUCAUCAUAGAAACUACCAGUAAUAUUGUUACAUCACCAUUCAAAGAAGAUGAGUGUGUAGCAGAAAAUAGUUCUGUUUCAAUGAUUUUGUCUGAAGAUGAAAAAGUUACAGCAUUGGCAAAGCUUAAGCAUCCCACUCCAGACUAUAUUUUUCCUAAAACUGGAAAAAGAAAUCUGAAAUGUCAAAUUACAUGGUUUUUUCAAUUUAAAUGGCUUCACUAUUCAUUUGAGCAAAAUGGUGUGUACUGUAAAACUUGUGUAUUUUUCAGUCCAAAUGAUGGUGUAGGUAAAGGAGGUAAUCAGAAUCCAGGAAAAUUAGUAUUAGAAAAAUUUGACGACUGGAAGAAGGCGUUAGGUGAUAAAGGAUACUCCAAACUUCAUUCAGAAAAAAUUGAAGCAAACCGGUUAAAGGUUAUUCCAAUAGUAAAAACAGUUAUAUUUUGUGGAAGGCAAGGUAUAACCUUAAGAGGCCAUAGGGACAGUGAAAUGUUAUUAAAUGCUAGUGAAAAUAUUAAUGAGCCUGAAUGUAACGAUGGAAAUUUUAGACAGUUACUUCGGUUUCGAAUAGAUGCUGGAGAUGAAUAUUUAAAGGGUCAUUUAACUUCUUGCGCAAAAAAUGCAACAUAUCUGAGCUGGAAAAUACAAAAUGAGAUACUUUCUGCUUGUAAUAAUCUCAUUUUACAAAAUCUUGUAUGUGCUGUAAACAAAGCCAAAGGGUUUUCUGUAUUGGCUGAUGAGAAAAGUGACAUCUCCAAUAAAGAACAGCUCACCAUUUGUGUCCGUUAUGUUAAUUUAGAACAAAAAAAAAAUAGAGAAGAUUUUUUACAAUUUGUGGAAGUUACUGAUGUAAGUGGCAAAGCAUUAGCACAAACUAUACUUCAAAAUCUUGAGAUCAUGGGACUCGAACUGAAUUACUUAAUUGGGCAAGGGUACGAUGGAGCGGCGGCUAUGUCCGGGAAAUUUAAUGGAACACAAAAACAUAUCAAUGAUAAAUAUCCAAUGGCUUUAUAUAUCCACUAUGGAGCACAUUGUUUAAACUUGGCUAUUUCAUUUAGUUGUAAUGUAACUGAUAUUCGAAACUGUAUGGGCACAAUGGAAGCUAUAUGUAACUUUUUUGGCUAUCCUAAAAGACAAAAUGUACUUAAAAUAUCAAUUCAGAAUGAACUACAUGAAUCAAAAUUGAAAAAACUAAAAAAGUUUUGCCCUACAAGGUGGGUUGAGCGACAUGACGCUAAAGAUAAUGAGACUUCUGCUUUAGCUAACCAACUUAGUUCCUCCAUCCAUCAAUUAAGGUUUCAAGUAGCCUUAUUGAUAUUAGUAAAAGUAUUUUCAAUAAGUGCUCCUUUGAGCAAAUUUCUUCAAACUGAAAACUUAGAUUUAGAAUCUGCUCUAGAAUUUGGUGAUAUGACUCAAUCAACUAUAAAACAAAUCCGUGAUAACGCUAAUGCUGAGUUUGAAAAAAUAUUUAAAGAAGUAGAGGAUGUCUGUAGUAGUUUUGAUAUAACUGUUAGUGUUCCUAGAACAUCAAGUCGACAAAAAAAUAGGAUCACAACAGCUACUGGAGAGAGAUCUUUUUCAACCUUGCGUCGACUUAAAUAUUAUCUCAGAAAUACUACCGGUCAAAUGAGAUUAAAUGGAUUGGCAGUCCUCAAUAUACACCAAGAUAUUAUUGUUGAUCCAUCAAUGAUUAUAGAUGAAAUGGCUAAAACUUCAAAACGAAGACUCAAUCUUAAUUUAUAA